AUGUCCACCAGAGAAAAGAGGCCUCUGCCCCUCGACGCAAGAGACUCAUGUGUGCAGACCAAGCUUUUGUUUUUAAGCAGCCAUUCCGGGACACGUGACCAACUCAGCGCAGCGUCUUGGAGGCCCCGGGAGAGCCCGCGUCUCGGAGGCGGCACUGGCGGCGCCGAGCUCUUUCCAGGUGCAGAGCAUCCGCGGGGGUUGCCUUCCAGCCCCCACCUUCCCCAGCCAGCAGGGCCAGAGGCGGCCCGGUCUCGGGUCUCGUGUCUCGUGUCUCGGGCCCCGGAGUAUCCCCGCUUGCCGCCCCCGAACCUACCUGAAUUCAGCGGACUCUUGACAGCCGGAGAUCAGGCGGAAACGGAAGCAACGCGUGACACACGCACGCACCGGAAGAGGAAUCACCGAGAGCUACUUCCGGCGGACCCUCUCCGAGAGGAAGCGGAAGCGAGGCCGGACCAGCCUACGGAAGGAACCAACGGCGGCGGAAUGGAGCGGCAAGGCCUCUGCGCCCUCCCGGACUCGCUCCUGCUCCGGAUUCUGGAGUGCCUGCCGCCGAGCGACCGGCUGGGCGGGGCCCGGGUCUGCAGGCGAUGGCGUCGCUUGGUGCGGGACAAAUUGCUGUGGAGAUACUUGGACCUAACUCCUUACAAGAUGUCCUCCAAGGUCCUAUGGCACUUGCUGCGGAACAAUCUUCGAGGCAGCCUGCAGACGCUGAAGGCACGGGGAUCCCUCCACUCCAUUCGCAAGCAAGAAGUUUUUACCCCAGCACUAAUGCAGGCCUUGGGCAGGCAAUGCCCCAAUCUCCACCGCCUGUGCCUGACAGAGACAGACCUUCGCUCCCUCUCCUAUGAUUGCAUCCCUUCCUCUGUCACGACCCUGGAACUGAGCUCCUGUGAGAUCCCUUCCCUGUGGUUCCAAGUGUCUGAAGCCUCGAAGACCUGCCCUGUCUUUCCACAGAUUCAGCACCUUGUAAUCCAGAAUGUCCCUGCCUUCUCCAGCCAGCACCUACUGAACAUCUCCAUCCAGGGCAAUCUCAGGACUCUGGUCCUGUCCAAGGCGUACCGGAUAACUGUUGAAGGUUUCCAGGCAGCAGCAGCACACCUAGGAGGCCUAGAGCACCUCACCCUGCGUCACUGUAGCAUUGGCAAUUUACUCACACCUGUCAUUGCGUUCCACAUGCGGCACCUGCAAAGUUUGGACCUCGGGGACAAUCCUUCUCUGGAGAGCAGAGGUCUUUCUUGUUUAAGCAGCUUACUAGACUUGGAGGACCUCUGCCUGCAGUCCUGCUGCAAGCUUUCCUCAGAAGCCAUUGUGGCCGUUUGCCAGAAAUUGCCCCGGCUCAGACAUCUUGAUAUAAGGGGGUUAGAGUUCCAGGAUCAGGUGAUCCACAAAAUCCAGGCGGAUUUGCCAGGCUGUGUUGUGACAAGUGCUGUCUCCCUUGGAGAUUCCAGUGUGGUGUCUACACCGUGA